AUGCACGAAACAUUCCGGAAGUUCAGUUUCCGGAAGCGUCUCUUUUAUAACCAACAAAGAAAACGCCAAAAAUGGUGUUCUUGUGCUAACUAGCAUUUAAAAAACAUAAAUAAAUACAACGCUAAUUUCAUUUAGUCUUUAUAACAAUCCGAAGCGUUAAGUUGCUUAGAGGUGCAACAUGGAAUCCCCCUUUCCUCUGCCCUCCCUGGGCCUGCUGGUCCCUCCUCUCCGGAUGAUGUCAGCAGUUAUGUGGCAGGUGGUGCGCCAGGGCAACACAAAGCAUUAUGGGAAGCUGGAGGAGUUUGUGUCCAUGGUAACGGAGGUGGUUCCAGAACUCCUGUCCAACAGACAGAGGUGGCUGCUCAUCCUGGCUCUCAGAGGACGGGUGACUCUGGAACUGAUCCGAUCUGGACAUCCUGAUGACCUCAAGGCUGUUCAAACACACCUGGAUAGAAUCACAGCAUCUGGUCUGAAACAGUCAAACGAUGCAGCGAUUGAAUUUGCUGAAGCCAACUUCCUGAAGCUGAUCCAGAGCCUAGUGGAGGACCCAGAUAGGAGGGAACACUUCUUCAAGGUGGUGUUCCCGGUGGAGUAUGGUCCUAACUUUGACUCAUCGCUGCAAACUCUGGUGUGCCACUUCCUGUCUAGGCUGGAGGAGCUGCUGCCGGUCCCAGACUUCAAACAGACUGCGUUGUUGAUCAGUGCUGCCCCCUCUGUUCUGGAGGACUACAUGCGCUGUGUCUCUCACGGAGAGGACCUGAAGUCUCUGCUACAGAACCAACACUGCCCCGGGAAGCUGCCCAAGAGCGUUCCCUCGAGGACAGAGGACCGUCUCCUCGUCUCGUUAUCCUUCCCUCCAUCACUGAGACUGGCCAAUGCCUCGCGCCACAGCCCGCCCUUGGAGAUCAGAGACGACCAGGGGGUUUCGACUGACAGUUUGACUGGCCAAUGGGCCGAGUUAAAAACAAGUGUGGAUAAAAAUACUGGAACAGAUUCAGUAGAAACCCAAGGAUCUGAAGGAGAGGAUCACCUGAAGGAGAGACCGAAGUCUGAGGAAGGACGAGAAGCAGUCGUCUCGGAGCACCAAUACUCCCUGAGCAGCACUACAGCUGAACACGCCCCAUCAGCCUCCUCCGGUGUGUCAUCGGAGCAGCCGCGGCAGCGCGUGGCCCACAAGUGCCCCCAGUGCGGCCGUUGUUUCAUUUACCGCUAUGAGAUGCUGGAGCACCAGAGACUCCACACAGGGGAGAACCCUUACAAGUGUUCCCAGUGUGGUAAGACCUUCAGAAGGUCCUCGGAGAUGUCCACCCACCGCCGAACGCAGUGCUCCAACGCUGCCUACGUCUGUAUUAAAUGUGGAAGCAGUUUUGGGUCGGUCAGAGAGCGGGUCAGCCACCGGUGUUGUAGACGGGCCAGCGGUUUGGGUCAGGCGGGCCAGUUUGAGUGUCCGCAGUGUGGGAAAAUAUUCAAGUGGCACAACUCAUUAAAGAAACACCUGGUAACCCACUCCACUGACAAGGUCUUCAACUGCAGGUACUGUGGGGAGGGACCAUUCCCGGGCGUGGCGGAGCUGAGGGCCCACCAGAAGGCCCACGGUGCAGAAGACAAACCCUACAAGUGUAAACAGUGUGGAAAGGGCUUCAGCUCCCAGGUCUGGCAAAAUAACCACGAGCAGCGCCACUCCCAAGAGAGGUCCAAGAUCUGCCCCAGCUGUGGAAAGGCCUUCCGGUGCAAAGGAGACCUGAAGCUCCACAUGCGGACUCACACUGGGGAGAGGCCGUACCAGUGUACCUACUGCACCAAGCGGUUCUCUGUGAACGGAAACCUGACGAUACACAUCAGGACUCACACAGGGGAGAAACCUUUCCUCUGCUCUGACUGCGGCAAGGCCUUCUGCUCCGCAGGAGAGCUGCAGAUCCACAGGAGAACACACACUGGGGAGAGACCGUACAAAUGCACCGUCUGUGAGAAAGGCUUCACCAUGGCCAGUAAGGUCACGCUUCACAUGCGUGUACACACAGGAGUACGACCCUACAUCUGCCACGAGUGUGGUAAGGCGUUCUCUCGCGGUGCAGAGUUGAAGAAACAUGUUCUGAACCACACUGGGGUGAGACCGUACCCCUGCCAUCUCUGUUCCAAGACCUACACCUGUCUAAAUCACCUGAAGAGACAUUUAAAGACUCACUCUGCCUCCCAGUCGUUGGAUGUGAGCAGUGGAUCGACUGUAGUAGAAUGACCACUUGCAGAGGAAAUCCGUAUUGUGAAUAUAAAAUGUUAUUUUCUAAUGACUGCUCGUAAGGAGCGAUAGUUGGAAGUCGACUGAGUGUAAUAUACUUUAUUGUUAAUAUCGGGACUAGAACGCUGCUUAUAUUUCUAUUUUUUUAGAGGAAGUGGGAAUGUUUAUUUGCUGCUGUAGAGUUGAGUCUGGGAACAAGGUCGUGUUUGUCUUCAGUUGAGGCUCGUCUAAAUAUCACCGUGCUUUCAGCUUGUUGAAAUUUCACAUGCCAAGUUUUCAACUUUAUCAGCUAUGUAAACUAUCAAAGUCAGAACUAUAAUUUGUGGUCCCUCCCAAUCAUCUAGUUAUGAGGAUGUGUGAAUACAUCUUCUGCACAUUUAAAAAAAAACAACAUAACUUAAAUCAUUUACCUUGAUCAAGUUAAUUAUGUUUAUUGAAAUGAAUCACUUUCACAGGAAAAUAAAAGUGAUGAAACUAG